AUGUUGAUAAAAACUAGCGAUGAUCGUGAAGAAACCACCAGAACUUUGCGCGAAAAGAGCAGAGAACGGGCUGAGAUUUCCAAAACACUCGCAGCAAGUUCCGAAACCGCAACAGACGCCAAAGAUAUCUUCCUAAGCCGCGAUGAGUCUGAAAACGCCGAGAAAAGCCUCUCACUCGCCACUAGAACCUCGGAGCAGCGCCAGUUAUCAAUAAGUAGCGUCAAACAUGAAGAUUCUAUCGAAAGAAAAUGUCUAAGCGCCGAUAUUUUAGGAGUUCAACACAUCAGCGAGCAUCGAGAAGAAACCGCCACAGCCUAUCAGCAAGGAGAGCAGUCUGCCGAAACUGGCGCCACAUUGGCUCGAAUCGUUCCCCCUAGACCCCAACACGAGGAAGCCGAAACGACAACAAAACUGUCGAGAACGCUGAGUAUCGAGAAGAAAACCACGGCUACAUCAGAAGUCACCUCAGAAGUCUCUCAUGCGAUCCGUGGCCAAGAGGUCUCCCUGAGCUCAGAACAGGUUUUCAACGACAUGCACCGAUCGCAGAGCACUUCCAACAUGACGGCGUCAAAAGCACGUGAAACAUCGGCAACGGAACAAAUCGUGUGCAGAAGCAAGAGCGAACAUCAGAUUGACACCCAUGUCCAGACUGGAAUGAGAGAAGCCAUUUCUUCGCAGUCCUACAAGGAGUUCAUCACCGAAAAUCGCGGAUUGUGCACUCAUUGGGACGUCAUCGAGAGCGAUGGAGAAGCCCUUAUUUGCUGGAGAGACGACAAAAAGGAGAAAAAUGAGCUGCAAACACGCUCUGUCACAGAAAUCGACACGGCCACUACUCUUGAUCUAACUGUCAGAAGACCUAAUAAACAGGAGCAGUUUGCAGUGACAGACGUGGCAAUCGCAGAAACAUCUAGGGCUCUCAGCAUCGACGACACUCGGGCCGAAAUCGAAGUUACGGCUAGUGAAGACUUCCGAGACGACGCCACCUACACUGCUUCCGACAUCAUGGAGGAGUACAGUCAGAUGAGCUUCCACGAAUUCGGAGACCAACAAACAACGACGAUCGGAGAAUUCGGAAGGCUCCAGGGCAAACCUCCUCAACGAGAAGAAGCCAUUCGCAGUUUCAGUGAAGUCCGUCGCCUGGAACAAAUUGCAGAGUUGACCGCUUCAGAAGACUGGCAAACAGACAUCGACAGCGAAAUGGAGAAGCUGCCAGAGUGCGACCAAAGCACAAAACUAUUCAUAGGCACUAAUCAAGAAGGAAACAUGAAGGCCGUCAAAGCUUCAACCGAAUUGCUCACUCAGCAGUCGGCAGCUUUUGAGAAGAAAGACAAGGAAGAAUCUAUCCAGACGGUGAAGAAGGACCGCGUUACGAUGUCGCAGAUGCGUCGAAUGUCCGAGCCACGGGAUGAAUCCGCUCUUUCACACUACACCACCAACGCUACUGACUUGGAAGACACCUCAGUGAUUGCUCUGCGCAAUCUGGAGCACACUUUCAAAGCAGUCAAAGCCACAGAAGAGAACAAAGCCGAAAGAGCCGUGAGCAUCGGCCGAGGAGAGAUGACCAGAACUGCUGACCACAACGUUCCUCUCAAAUCCAGAGCUUCCGAAGAGCGCCGUUUCCAGAUUCAAAUGACAAAAUCAGACAAGGUUCUGACAAAAGAAGAAAACGACGACAUGUCAGAGUACAUCAACACGAUAUCUGUUAUGGAUAGGGCGGUCAGCGACCUUUUCCACGAAUUUGGCGAUGAGAACAUUGAAGUCUGCACUUUGUUUGGAAAGAUGGUACAAAAGAAGUUUGAAUACGAAGAAGCUGAGAAGAUUAUUCCAAUCGCACGUCGUUGGCAAGAAGUUUUGAAUUCAAAGGCAAGCACCAGCGUAGAAAUCGAAGCGAUCGGCAAGCUUGAAAAAGUCCAAGACUCUUCGGAGAGCGUUAGAAAGAUCAAAUCGCGUAAUUCUGACUCCUUCUCAAUGAAAACGAAUGCGGCAACUGAAGAGACGUCAACUACCACAGCCGUUCAGUCGAGAAGCGAAAGAAGAGAGGCAGCAUCGAUAAGACUGCGUGAAAAAUCCAGAGAGCGUGUCCAGAAGAAGUACAAAGAACAAGAGUGGAAUUUGCAAUCGACCAGUGCAGAAUGGGACACCCUUCUCAACGACCUUGAAGCCACAGUUACACAGACUCAAGCAGUCCAGGACAGUUUGACUUUCCGGACUAAAGCCAUUCAAGAAGUCCAUGCGAGCAGCUCUGCCAACAUCAGCAAGUCUUCGGCUACUGCGACCGUUCAGAAGUCUUUGUCUCAGACCAACAUCGACAAAGACUCCCGUUUCUUUGCAGUCGACCAGACUGAAAGAAACCUUGAAGUUCAGAAGCUUGACGCCGACAUUGAAGAGAUUGAAACUCUUGUCGACGAGAUCAAUCGUGAACAACAGAUAGCAGGAAAGUUCCGCGAAUACACUCAGGAACAAACUAGCGGCGGUGUCUACCUCGUCAGAAGACCUCUACCAAAGGUCCGAGAGUCUUCUUCUCAUACUGUCUCUCUGAAAGCCACGUUACAACAGCUCUUCUCCACCAUGUCUGCAGGUGAUGAACAAAGCGAGGCCACCGUGGAGCUGUCCAUUCCACACGCUUCGAGUACCGCUGAAGCUAGCGCCAAACUUGCUAGGAGCGAUUCUACGAGCUUGGUGACAAGCCAUGCAAAGCAAGUUGAUGCUACCACGGCAGCCAACUACAAUCGAUCUGUGGAGCAGAAAGAAUCUACAGAAGCCCGCAAACGUCAUGUUCUCACCGAGAAAAGCUCCAGCAAAGUUCGUGAGGUUGGAGGAGACGGUGUGGAGAUCCUCUCACACUGGGAAGGCGUCGAAACAGAUCUGGACGCUGUCCUCAACCUCUCCAAGGCCAACGUCGUCAAGUCUUCGUUGCAGACAAUAGAAGCUCAAGAAGAAGUCGAAAUCUUGAAUCAACAUAUGCAAGUUCCAGACUCGCAACAAUCAACCAAGCACACCGUCCAUCUAGUUUCUUCUGAUGCAGCUUCUAGAAACUUCCAAAUCGGAGCAGCUGAUGUCCUUUCGGACCUCGACGCGAAACCAAUAACCGAUGGAGAGUGCGAGCGAACGCUGGCGGAGAAAGUGCUCAGAAAGGAAUCGUGGAGAUUGAAGGAAAGCGGAGAUGAGCAGUUCAACGCCGUAGUUAACUUGCAUAGGUUUAGCGUCGAAAAGCCGAAUCAGACAAACGAGGUGUGCCUGCGUGACAAGACCACUAUUUCAGCCACGCCAGUUUACAUCCGUGCCGACGCCGUCGAGAGCGACGUCGUUUGGUCUUCUCACCAUCUUCUGAAGACUCCGAACCAGAUUGACGUAGAAAAGAAGACCAUUGCCAAGAACCAUGGUGAACCUAUCAAGGUCGAUUUUGAAGAAGCUGGUGAUGAAAAAACUAAGCUAUCGAUUGAGCUGCUAGGCAAGAAGGACUCUAUCCAGAAGACGUCAACUGAAUGGCCUGAGCCAAGGAAGUCUCCGAGCGUUGUCCUCAACACCGAAGAGUUCGAAUUCGACGAGUGCAUUUUCUAUGGACAAAUCAAUUGCCGGGAAAUUCAUUUCGAAGACUUCGAGAAAAUUGAAAAGAUACCAAGGAGCCACGAACCGAUUGUUCUGAAGACUUUGGAAAGUCGGGAUGUGGAAGCGAAGACGAACGAGAUUUUGGAAGUCAAGCCAGAAGCCUUGAGUUACGACAAACUGAUUGUGAUUCCAAACCGUGGAGAAGACGUUCAGAAGAGAAUGAAAGAAAGCACGGAUCUACAGAUCGGAGUCGGUGUUGCUUACGAAACUCCACAGCAAACUGAAGAUCAAGCUACAACUUGGACUGACAAACGUUUCGGCGGUGAAUACUUCCUUUACGGAAAGGCUGCCUCAUUGGAAGAAAAGAACAUUUCUUCCAGUUUGACGCAUUCUUUGCAAGCUGAGAAGCUCUUCAACAAACAAGUGCAAAGACCAAAGUCUACUACUUCUUUGACAGUCAACGCCACUACCAGCGAGUUCAUCAACUCCAGUUUCACCUACGAUAGGCCGGCAGAGAAAGAAUCUUCGAAGACAACAAGAUCUUGUCCCAACUUAUGUGAACCUUACACAAUUCGCCUGCAAGAGAUUCUGGAAGAGUUCACCAACAUGUUCUACGACCUGAAGAUUGCUGAAAAGAGGGAAGCGAUCCAAUCCAUCCGAAAAGUUCCAAACACCGAGAAUCCUCUUCUUCUGAAGUGCGAGGCUGCCGACUUUGUUGAAAUCUCUUCGAACCCGCUUCUCAGAGUGGAAGAUCAAUUCGACGUAGCUGCGAAGGUUGUUGUGGACUUUAAUAAGGGACAAAAUACCGCCUUGGAAACUUUCGUCCCGACUGUCGAAGCCAUCAACUUCGUCACGAACUUCGAUCGGCCACCGCUGAAAACGGCCAACGAGCUAAUUGUCAAGGAUAAAAACCGAGGAAGCAAUCAAAAGUUCAAAUUCCAAGAGUCUCGGAAAGAAAAACACACGAUGUACUACGACUUCGACCAAGAAGCAGAAAAUGAAUUCAACCACAAGACCGUUGAUAUCGCGAGAAACGGAGGCAGUUUCAGACUCAAGACCGACGCUGCGGAGGACCACCAAAUAUCUGCAGAGCGCAAUCUCGAAAAAGAGCGUCUUGAAGUUGUUCACACUGAAAAGACGACAGUUUUGGCAAACGCCGCAACUCCGUUGUCCUUAACUACCAUCGCAACUACCAGCAAGUCGGAGACAGUCAAUGAGAACUUCAACAAGCCGUCGACCUCCUUCAAUAUAUCCAAAACCAUCGAAGCGAAGAACUCAGAAACGGUUCAGAUGAGAGUGGAGGAGAGCGCGGAAAGCGUUGAGAAUGUGCACCCAAUUUACAAAAAACCGAAUGAAAAGCACGAUUUAGAUACGGUCUGGAAUGUUCCACGAAACGGCGGCGCCUUCAAGCUCAACACCAGAGCGGCUGAAGAAGAAUCGGUCGUCGUCAACAACAAUUGGGACUUGAGUCAUCUGAAAGACGACCAGGUGCAGAAGACGAUCAUCAUCGGCAACAAGGGUGAACCUGCAAAGAUGGAUACGAUUGGCACGACGGCAAUCGUGGCUGUUGUCAAUCAGGAGCUUUCCAAGCUGGGACCAAAAGAAGCUCUGAAAAAGAUCCUGGCUACGCCAAACAAGGGAAUUCCAGUAGAGAGCAAUCUCCGCGAGUGCAGCGAGUACAACGAACGUAUCACUCAGCAAUUGAAACGCGAUGCGAGUGCCGCAAGCGUUGCGCAAACACUCAACGAGAAACGCUUCGGCGGCGCGGCCACCCUGUCUACAAAUGCGGCUUCUACGAGCUCAUCGACGAUGAGCGGCACUCUCUUGUGUCCUCGGCCAUCCGACCUUGCCACUACCCGCAUAUUUAACACCUUUAACACUCUCGCCCCACAAUUCCUGAAGACCUACGCAGCCGGCGAUGAAACUCGACAAAUAGUCGAAUCCUGGCAGAAUCCUCUCCCUCAAUUCACUAUUUCGAAGACACUUCCUGCGCCAAACAAGGAUCAAGCUGAGCUGACGAUAAGAGAAUCGACAGAAGAGUACCACACCACCAACUGUUACUACAAACGCGAACCCGAAGAAGAAGUCGUGGCGCGUACCAUGAAGGAGCCCAGAAAUGGUGGACUUCAAGUUCUCAACACACGCUACAGCAGUGACGUGGGCUGCGUUUCAGACAGAGUUCUUGAGAAACAACGUCUGGCUUUGAUUGACGUCGAGAAGGUUCUCAUCAUUCCAAACUCAGCGGCGCCGAUUUCCUUCAACGCCAACGCUUCGACACAGGUUGAAGACGUCGUGAACGUCGAUUGGACCAAGCCAGAACCAUCCGAGAAGAGCGAGACACUUCGUGAGGCUCCUAACCGUGGUGAAAACAUCACAAUAAGAUUCCGCGAGUCCAGUAGCUUCGUUGAGAACAUUGCCUCGCAGUUGGUCAGAAAAGAAAAGAGAGAAGACUUCGAAAUUACUCGUCAAAUCGCAUUUUCUGAAGAGCCAGUCGUUUUCACUUCGCGAGCUUCCAAGGAAACCAUGGCGAUGAUAGAUUCGGCUCUAAAAGCUUCAGCAGUUUUCGACCUCGACGCCAUCAUUGUCAUCACCUCGAAGAACACCGCAGAAAUGCCGAUCCUGUCCUGCAGCUGCUCCAAGGAAGCUUCUACUUCUUCGAAUGCGGCCUUGUCUAGAACUGCACCCGUAGAAAGCUGUAGGGUGGUCAAGGAGGCGGCGAACCGUGGCGUGAACGUAGAGUUGAUGUUGAGCGAGAGCACCCUAGUGCAUGAGACCAGCAAUGUUGUGUACGAUCGUGAACCAAGCACAGCACAAGUUUCAGAAACGCUCGACGAGGCACGCAGCGGUGGCUCCAUCGUUCUUCGAACCUCAGCUGCCGGAGACCAGAGCACCUCUACCAGUGAAAACUGGGAGAAGCCGAUUCUCCACGAAGCUGGAGCCGAAAAGCUCACGGUUCUGCGCAAUGAAGCUGCUCCAGUUGAGCUUUUCGCCUCGGCCACCCAGGAAAACACUUGUGGCGUCAGUUCAGCGCUCAACAAGAGCGGCCAGACCGACUCAGCACACGAGAAACGAACUACGGCAAGAACUGGAGACAACGUCAAAAUGACAGUAUUCGAAUCAUCUGAGAUCCAGGAAACGAACAAUAUCAUGCUCAAAAAAGAGAACGACUCUUUGGAGCACGAGAAGGUUAUCAGCAUUCCUGCUUUUGGAGGAGGAGCAAGACUAAACACAGGCUUCGCGGAAAGCAAUACAGCCGACUGUACAAAGGAACUAUUCGUCCCAGAAAAGGUUGAACAGCAAACAAUAACUCGCAAGAUCGCGAAUGAAGACGUCGCCUCCUUGCGCGUCGGAGCUUCGACCGAAGAGGAUACUACCUUUUCUGUUGAGAUUCGAAACAAGAGAAGUUCGACUGAAGACGUUUCAAUCACGAAGAUCACGUCCAACAAGAUGGAGCCGGUGACUUUCCGUUCUACAGAAUCUUGCGAAGAAGCGAUUGGAAUCAAUUACGCCCUUCGAAGAGACGAAAACCUGGAGGAUAUUGAACACACUAGGAAUGAGAAACGUUACGGCGGUGGUUCUAAUCUGAGCUGCAUGGCAGCCGGUGAAUCUUCAGACGUUUUCAGUUCGUCAUUGAAGAAAGAGGAUGAAGUUGCAGCUACAGAACACGUCAUUGCCACGACGAGAUCCGAAGCUCUUCAAUUCAGCUCCUCGGCUUCCUCUGAAAUGGGACAGUCGCUGAGAGCUGAACUUCGAAGAGAAGAGCUCGUUGAAUCGAGCUCUUUGGAGCAGACGACAGCCAACAAGGGAGAAGACGUGACGCUGAAGACUUUGGCUUCAUCAGAAGAGUCCAUCACAUUCUACGCCGACCUGACAUGCCCCAGAGACGCAACAGAUGAUCGAACGACUGGAAAGAAGGCGGAGCCAAUGGCCGGAGAGCCAACUGGACUUCGUUCAUCCAGCUCAGAAGAGGUCAUCUUCAACCUCGGCUACAGCUACUCGAAGCAGCCCACCGAGUUCAAGACGGUCUUCAUCACGACGGAUCAUGUUCUGAUUGAAGGCGCGUUUGGAACUCGCGCCGCUGGAGAAGAACUCAUCGAAAUCGAACAGAUCGACAUCAACCGGCGAAUGGUGGAGGUGGAGGUGGAAGGCAUAGUACAUAAGGACACGCGCGAAAUCUCACCCGUUCAAAUGCGUACAGACAGCGCCAGCGAGACGAUCAUCCGAGUCGACGAGCAGCUCGAGAAGUCGACGACGACCUUGGAACAGACGGCCGACGUGCAGAUGCGCGAGAGGGUCGAGGAGCGUCGCAAGGAGGAGAAACGGUGGGUUCUUUGAGAUUCUGAUGAACAGACCUUUAGAGAAAAGUCCAGUAAAUAAUUACUGAUGGAAAGAAGUCCAAGAGAAAAAUUGCAUAGAAAAAGUCCAGUCUGAUAGAAAAGAAAUAGGUAGAAAAAAGAUUUUUUUUUAAAACUAUGUAUUAACAGCUUAAAAAAAAUGGGAAUUCAUAGCAGACUUUUGAGAAAAAAUAAAAGUGUACGAAAAUUUUCGCUGGGAUUUUUAAAGGAGCAUAAACGGAUUCCGAAAAAAUCUCAAGAAGAAAGGCCAUUUUCAGUGUAAUUUUCGGACUUCUUUGUGAUUUGCGAAAUCUUGAGAAAAUUUUUGCUCUAUCUAAUAUUUUUGAGGUUAAAAACAUAUCCUCACUAAUAUGGCCUAAGUACAGCACAGUAAGAAGGAAAAAAGAAAAAAAAUCAACUUCCCCUGAAUUUUAAAUGAGCCUGAAAACUGGGAUCAAUGAAAAAAAAAGUUAAACAAAGAAAUGCGUACAUUUGCAGAGUGAGCUUCGCCACCGAAGUCAUGGAGAAGACGAUGGAAGCCAUCGAUCACAGCCUCGGGCUCGAUAUGUCGAUGCAGGUGGAGCCGGCCUUCCAGAAGCCGUCUAUAAUCAAGAAACCGAUGAAAAAAGAACGCGAAAGAUUUGCCCGCGACCUUCGUCGCAACGAGGCACCCGCAUUGUGAGUGUUUGAAUUAUAGUCUGUUCGAAAUUUGACUUCCUUUCAAAAAACCAUUUUUACGAAAAUUUUUUCCGUAUUCAAAACUUGACCAGUACUAGUAAAGUUUGAAAAAUCUGAAACUCAAAUGAAAAAAUUGAGCGGAAAGUAUACGACGGAAAAAAAUCAACGAAAAAUUACCACAUGAAGAAAAUAAUUUUUCGAAAGAAACCUGCGUCAAAAUAUGGAUGAAUGUUCUCUGUAAGACUGUCGAGCAAUCUCGAGUAAUCUCUACAUAGUAAAAUCCACACUAUUUCGCCGCGCGUUGUAGAAUUUUUAUGCGAUACAGCUGGUCCAUCAAAUUUUCAUCUACCCGUAAAAAGUAAAUAGUUUAAAAAAAUACACAGUUACGAAAGGAGGCAGAAACUUUCCGCCACGCGCAGUUUUCGAAUGAAAUUUUUUAAACUUUUUUUUUCGUUAAAGUUAAAAUUGGUUGAAUGUUAAUUUUGAAUUUUAACGUUAAACUUCACAAAGCUUUUGAAAUUGUUCAUUUUCAGCAAACCAGUGCGGCGCAACAGUCUUCUGCAGGCUUUGGCGGUUGGAAGCCCCCACAAUAUUCCGCACUUCAAGACGCUCGACGACAUCGUCCGCGCAAUAAAACACGUUUGCCUUUUUCUUUCAACAUAACAGCACUGAUAGCACAAAAAAACGAUUUUUUUCGAUUGAAAAAAAGAUAUAUUAUGCAUGUCAAAAAUUUUUUUAUUUAUUUUUUUGGUAAAAAAAUCAAAAAGAAAAAAACCGGCACUUGGUAUAUUUUUUUCAAGUCGGUUUUAUGUUGGAUAGGAAUUGGUAUUUGGUUUGCCAAGUAGUGGUAGACAUAAUUUAGAUCCUACACUUCAGAAUAUAACCGCUUGCCACUGCUCGAUGAACCUUGUAUCGCUUUAUUAUACAUUUUAUUUUAAAAAAAUGUCACGCUCAAAAUAAAUGCAAGGGUAAUAAAACCAUUAGUUUAGAUUCACAUCGACGGAACUGACCCGGCAAGAGUAUGUACUACUAUCCUCAGCACUUUAAGCCAAAAUCUUCUUUCCUUUUCCUAACUUUUCUUUAAACAAAAUUAGCAUUUACUUCUCUUCUUUUCUCAACCUUUAUACAAAAACGUUUUCCCUACUUUUUCUCAGUAGCAUGAACUGCAACUUUUCACAAACUUCAGGUCAGGUGUCAGGAUUUCAAAAGAUACUUUUCAGGCUGGUUUGGAGUACUCCAAUUUGAUCUUUGGUAUCGAUUACACAAAGUCCAACUUCUACCAGGGCGAACGAACUUUCGACGGCCGGAACUUGCAUAAUCUGGACCCCGCUGAGUUCAAUCCAUAUCAGCAGGUUUGGAAGUGGGAAAAUCAAGAAAGGAAGUCAGUUUUCAGGUGAUUGAAAUCGUCGGAAAGACGCUCUCGUCGUUUGAUGCCGACGGCCAGAUCCCUGCCUACGGUUUCGGUGACGAAGAGUUCACGGACCACGGCAUUUUCAACAUUGCCGAUCGCUACAAUCUCGACAAAGAUUGCAAUGGCUUCGAAGGUCUGAGGGAAAGAGAAAUCGAAAAAAGACCUAUAUUUUUGAUUUCUCACUCGAUUUUCCAGUCUUUUCGCGAAAAUCUUAGCUGAAAGGGUCAUUUUUCAAAAUUUCUUUAAUUUUUGAAUCGCUUGAAAAAUUAAUUUUGAAAACAACUUUUCUCUGUAGGAAAAAUAAUUUUUCCAGAAGUUCUCAAAGUUUACAACGACGUGACGCCGAGCAUCGAAAUGAGUGGCCCAACGAAUUUCGUCCCUCUAAUUGGUGAAGUAAACGGAUUGAGUUGAGGAAGAUACAUUUUUUCAGAAAGAGCGAUCGAAAUUUGCAAAGAAAAGCAUUCCUACCACAUUUUGGUCAUUGUCGCAGAUGGACAGGUGCAAGAGAAAUCUCUAUGGCUCUAGAAUUAAUAUUCUGAAAUCAGGUGACAAACGAGAAAAUCAACCAGAAGGCAAUCGCCGCCGCUUCUCACUACCCGCUCAGCAUCAUCAUGUUUGUUUCAAUUUUGAUCUUUCUUUUAACAGCGACUUAAGACAAAUGAAAAAAAAAACAUAAAAAACUUUUUUUCUUUGAUAAAUUAACCUAAAAAGAAACUCAAAGAUUUUAAAAUGAAGAAAGUUCAGUAAAUCACAAAUUGGAAGCGGAAAUAGAUAGUUGGUUCUGAAGCGGAAACUAAUUUCUAAAAGGGCCAUUAACUGAAACCCUAUAGUGACCACUUAGGAGGCCCUAUAGGGGUUGAUAAAGUGGUCCCUAAAGAAGAUCCUCCAAAGGCUCCUGUAGGGACCACUCUAAAGUUCCUAAGUAUAGGGGCUUUUUUCUCUAAACCCUAUAGAGAUCACUCUGCCCUUCCUGAGUAUGUCCGAGCUUUUCAAAAAUGGAGAGCGUUUUUUUCUCUGAAAGCUCUCUUGUGCUCUCUAGCUUUGGGAAAUUCGAAUGUAGACUCGUAAUAUUUUUACAGGGUCGGUGUUGGCGACGGUCCGUGGAACAUGAUGGGACGUUUCGACGACAACAUUCCCAAGAGGCUUUUCGACAACUUCCACUUUGUCGAUUUCCACAAGGUUUCUUCGAAAAAGAACUUUUGAGUACAAAAAACUGGUUUGAAGGUGAUGUUCGAGUCUCCGAACCCCGAAGCUUCGUUCGCUUUGAACGCGCUGAUGGAGAUCCCGGACCAGUACAAGGCGAUCAAGGAACUCGGCCUUUUGAAGCACAGUCGACGCGGCUGA